AUGAAGGAGUGGAAUGAGGAGGAAGAGAAGGACGUGGUGGAGGUGGAGGAACAAAAUGGUGGAGGUGGAGGAAGAGGAAAGGAUAAGGAUAAAGAUGUAGUAAAAGAAAUCGCGUUAAAGCAAUGCGCAAUAAAAAUGAAGCAGGAGGAGGAGGAAGAAGAUGAGAAAAAGGCGGAGAAGGAGGAGGAGGAUCAGAAGGAGGAUGUUCAGGAUAAGGAGGAGGAUGUUAAGGAUAAGAAGGAGGAUGACAAUAAGGAGGGGGGGGGGGAUAAAGAGUUAAAGCUUGAUGAGGGGAAGGAGGAGGAGGGGAAGGAGGAGGAAGAAGAGAAGAAGGAGGAGGAGGAUAGAGAGGAGGAGAAAGUUUUCAUCACCGAAAUUUAA